AUGAGAAUCAAAACCCAUAAAGGAGUCAAAGGGAUUAUUAUUGCAAAUUAUGCUGGAAUCUCACUCCCCCCCCCCUUUAAAUUGAAACAAAAAAUUUUAUUUCAAUUUAAAGGGGGGUUAAGAAAAUUUUUUUAUAAAAAAAUUUAUAUAUAAAAACUUUUUCAGAGAUAAAAUUUUAUAGAAAAUAAAUUAUAUAAAUUUAAAGAAUUUCAUGAAAAAUUAAUUCAUAAAUUUCUCAAUCUCAAAGUGUAAACUUGCUGAAAUGGUAUUCUUCUAACUCUCCCCAUAACAAUUGGACAAAAUAGAGUUUAAUUUCUAAAUCUUAUAUGUUUGAAGCAUAUUAAAUAGGGUAUUAACGUAUUUACAUAUAAAAAUAAUGAUUUUUACCUAUAAAAUUUUCUAUUUAUAAUAAAAUUUUGUUUCAAUUUAAAGGGGGGGUAAUUUCCCAAAAAAGUAGGAAUUUUACCUAUAUUUUGUUUAAAUUUAAAGGGGGGGGGGUGAGUCAGUGAAAAGUUCAAUGAGCCAAGCAGAUACUCAUAAAUAUGCAAGUUUGAUUUCAAGUUUAACAUUGACAGCGAGAUCGACAGUUAAAGAUCUCGAUUCACAGAAUGAUUUGGUGUUUUUGAGGAUAAGGAGCAAAAAACAUGAAAUUAUGGUGGCUCCAGAUCAUGAAUAUAUGCUAAUUGUGAUCCAGAACCCGGAUGAAGAGUAA